AUGUUUUUCCAAAGGGCUUUCGCCGUGGGUACGGCAGUCUCAUGCCUCGUUGCAUCAGCUUCUGCCUUUGAUGCCCAGUCAAAGUCCAAUAUUGCUGUCUACUACGGCCAAGGGUAUGAUCAGCCUCGCCUUAGGGAAAUUUGUCAAGAUGCCUCGGUGGACAUCAUUAACCUUGGGUUCAUCAAUGUCUUUCCCGGCCAAGGUGCCGGUGGAUGGCCUGGCAGCAACUUUGCCAACCAGUGUGAUGGCACCACCUAUGAAAUCGGUGGAGUCAAGACACAGCUGCUGUCUGGCUGCCACCAGUUGGCAGAGGACAUCCCACUCUGCCAGGCAGCGGGAAAGAAGGUUCUGUUGUCUUUAGGAGGGGCAACCCCUGACAACCAAAGGAUUCUGUCUGAAAAUGAGGCGCUUCUGUUUACCGACUUUCUCUGGGGAGCGUUCGGGCCCAUCGACGAUGCGUGGGUGGCCAUGGAUGGUCCUCGUCCUUUCGGGGACGUUGUUGUUGACGGGUUUGAUUUUGACAUAGAGCACAACGGUGGCUUUGGCUAUGCCACCAUGGUCGAUCGAUUUCGGGAACACUUCGAGCUGAUCCCUGACCGAACCUUCUACAUUUCUGGCGCACCCCAGUGCUCAAUUCCCGACCAACAAUUAGGCCUCGCAAUCGCAGCUUCGGUCUUUGACUUUGUCUGGGUCCAGUUCUAUAACACAGCAGCCUGCUCUGCUCGGAACUUUUUCAACAUUGCCGGCAGCGGCAAUGGCGGCUUCAACUAUGAUGGAUGGGUCAACGUCAUCCAGAACGGGGGCAAUCGCGCGGCAAAGUUGUAUAUUGGUCUCCCGGCAAGCGAGAGUGCUGCCAACCCGGGAUAUUAUCUCACUCCGGAAGAGGUCGACACUCUGGUUGCACAGUACAUGGGUCGCUACCCGGAGACCUUCGGUGGUAUUAUGCUUUGGGAGGCCACUGCAUCGGAGCGAAACCAGAUCAACGGAACUGACUAUGCCGAGCAUAUGAAGAAUAUUCUUGUCCAACGCGAUCCUGCGCAUCCCACUCCUACUCCAAUCCCUUCCAGCACCAUCCCCGUCACCUCCAGCACACCAACCACUUCUGGGACAACCUCCACUCCAGUCACUGUCUCUUCUAGAACUGGCGGCCAAUCAAAUACCAUUCCGUCGCAGGGAGCCACCGCGUCGUCAAAUGAGACCGGCCAGCCAACGGGGUCGCCCACGGGCGCGGCAACCCAUCAUGGAAGCGGCACAACCACGAUAGCCCCCGGCAUCACAGCUGCGCCUGGAACGACGGGUCCCACUAAUCCCAAUGGUUCCAGCUCCGGGCCGGUCACCGUCACAACCGUGAUUGUCACAUCGUACACCAGCAUCUGCCCGACAGGGUUCACCACGAUCACCACGACCUACACGACAACGUACUGUCCCGGGACGGUCCCCGCCACGGCCACGGUCACCAAUCCUACCCCGGGAUCGCCGGCACAUACGACGGCUCCCAGUCCGCCCGAGGGAUGGACCACGACGGUGACUGUAUGCACGCAGUGUGCGGCAACCCCUACCACGGUGACUCUCACCUUGCCAGUCACUGCCCCCGAGUCGCAGGCCACCGCUCCUGCCGCUCUUCCACCCCCCGGAUGGACCACGACGGUGACGGUAUGCACUCAGUGUGGGCCAUCGCCUACCACCAUGACCGUGACCGUACCCAUCAGUGCGGCGACUGAUGCCGUACCCGGGUCUGGCCAUUCGGUCGGCACUAGUCCAGAAGGGGGCGCCGGCACUCCUUCUCAUCCGGACAACACGCACACCCAUCAUCUUGCUCCUCCUACCAGCACACGGUCCGCUGUUCUUGGAACGGGCAUGGCCCAUCCGCGACCUUCCUCUUCAACGUUGUUUGUGCGGCCGUCGCCCAGUGAGUCUCGGGUGCCGGUGGCUCCGAGCACCACGCCGGAGCAUCCGGCGCCCGUGUUCACCGGCGCAGCAGCGCGCCAGGCUGAACUUCGCCACGCGGGCGGCGCCUUGUUGGCUUUGGCCCUGCCCGUACUCAUUAUGGUGUGA